AAUGUAACUCCUCGAAGCUUCCGGUGUAGACAUCCAUGGAGGACAUAACUGUCAUGACAACAACGUGACUUACCGUUUGCGUUUCUUCUUCAGCUCUUGAAUCAAUGUCGUCGGUUUGAAUUCAGUGAAUAUAAUGUGAAAUUAGUUACGUGUUUAUCCGUCGCGUUCAUUAUCGUUUGGUCUACUCUGCGUUUAGCAGGGCUGCACGGUAACGUUAACCUUGGCGUGCACCACAGUAGUUUAACUAACUAGUGGCUGUCAAUUUAACCGUCACUGUCACUAAGGCUACCGAAUUAAAGAUGUCGGGGGUCUGUCGUGGUUUGAGCUCAGUGAAGCUCCUGACAGAAGCUACACUUUUGCAGCGUUGCCCAUUAUUUGUACCGGCACGCAGCAAAUUCACCAAAGCAAGAGUCCCCAAAGAGAUUUUUGAAGAGAGAUCAAAAGAGCAUGACCGAUAUGGAGGAGAUCCAGAACAACCUCACAAACUGCACAUCGUGACACGAGUCAAGAGUACCAUGAGACGACCGUACUGGGAGAAAGACCUCGUGAAAUACCUGGGGCUCGAAAAGGCUCAUACACCUGUCAUUCACAAAAACACACCUGCCGUCAACAACCAACUGAAAUUUGUCAAACAUCUUGUGAGGAUCCAGCCUCUGAAGACGCCCUACGGCCUGCCAGCUGAGCAGGACAUGGGAGACACUUACAUCAACACCAAAGGAGAGCUGAUCGUCCACCGCCUCCUCCAGCCUGCAGACCCCAAAGCUCUCAAAUCCUAGCUCCGCUUCCACAUCAUGUUCAUUCAAAGUUCAAUUGUUCCAAAAUAUCAUGAAAUAUCUUGUGCUCCAUAGCUUCCUGUUCUGGUUUCACCACAAUGAGCAAAAGGAAUAUGGUUUAAACAGUUUUUGUAUUUACUCAAAUGUCUAUCUAAAUAUUGCAAGUAUGCAACAGAUGAUGGUUCAAAUUCUAAAGUAAACAUGACUUGUUAAAACACAUAAAUUAAAAGCCUUUUGAAAUGAAUGUUUCCUUUUUGCUUGUAUUUCAGAGAAAGUCAUUUCUCACCUGCUGGAAAUGUUUCGAUCAAGUUUCAGCUCAAGGGUCCUCUCACAGGUUUUUACAAUAUUGUUUAUUGAUCCUGUUGCGAGAAGCUCCUUGAUUUUCUUUGGGAAUGUAGAAAAAAACAUAUUUAAAAAAAAGUCUAGUAUGGCAUUGGGACAGUUUAAGUUGGUACGCAAUGGCUGUUUUUCAUGCAUCACUGUCCUGUUGCUCAUGUUAAGACGGUUCUAUUUACGUACAUUUAUAUUCUUAUUGGUCAUUCCAGUUUAGUGACAUGUAAUUCUGUUAUCCCAAACCAACUAUGAUCAGCCAGCGUAAUGGAAGACACCUGAAUCACACUAAAGGGUUAUACUCCCUGCAUUCAUCUUUUCCAGGAAGAAUAGUCAAACGAGGUACAUUGCAAUGCAUUAUGGGAAUUGAAGGAUCAUGUUUUAGUAGGGUUUUUACCCAUACUAACUUAGUGUGCUACAAUUUGCUACAUCAGUUUCUCACACAGAAUAACAAAAUCCCAGAGGCAGACAUUUUUAAGUCAUUUUUAUUAAGUCCGCAUCAGUCAAGUCGAACUCCUGCUACAAGUAAAUGUGUAAAAAUGUUUUCUGACGCUUUUGAUUAUCUAGGUAAUUCUGCAUCAUGUUUUCCGUUCUAACGUCAGACUCACAGAGGAACAAGGAAACACAGGAGAAUCAGAGCAAUGUGAAUGAGAACGCCUGCAAUUCAUGAGGAAGCUUCAAGGUUUCAGUCACUGAGAAAAUCAACACCAACACGUGGGAGAUAUUGGACCAAUGGCUGGCUCAGUGAAGCUUUCUGUAUCAGCUAGAAGUUUCCAUGUUAUUAAAAGGCAUGUUUGUCAUGUUGAUGUUAUUCAAACAUGGAAGGCAAUUCGUUAAAAAAAGCUGAAACAAAAGAUUUUAUGGAAAACAUUAUGAGACA